AACACACACCUUCUACUUCCUCCUCGCCGUUCUUUCUCGCAUUUUCCCUCCCACAUAUUCGCAACCCAAUUUAUUUCGUUUUCUUCUCUCUUAAUUUAAUCAAUUAUCAAAAUAAGCAAAACCAAUUUAAUCGCUUAAUUGGCCGUUAAACAGAAAUGGUGGAUUCAGACCGAAUCCAAAACCCAUGGAUGGCGUCCGAACAAACUUCAAUGAAUCUCAACAACGCUGCUACACAACGCUCUUCUCCGAAGAAAUCGUCAAAAAGUGAUAAUUUAGGGAUUGCUGAACGCGCUUUCUCUGCCGCCGGCGCCGCUGUUCUAUCCGCCGUCAUUGUCAACCCCCUUGAUGUUGCCAAGACAAGGUUGCAAGCACAAGCUGCAGGGGUUGCUUAUUCUCAUCCACUCAGUAAUUUGAUCAGCAGGAUGUCAUGUUUUGGUCCAAAUAUGAUGUUUGCUGAUUUAAGAUGUUCUCCGUCGUGUACCCGGGCUGGAUUCCAUGGCACUGUAUCACUCUGUCCUCCCGAUUGUUUUCGGUACAAAGGAACUCUAGAUGUCAUGUAUAAAAUUACUCAACAGGAAGGAUUUACUAGGCUAUGGAGAGGAACCAACGCAGGCCUCGCACUUGCAGUACCGACUGUUGGAAUUUACCUUCCCUGCUAUGACAUAUUUCGCAACUGGUUUGAGGAAUAUACAGCCAAAAAUGCCCCUAUUGCAACUCCGUAUGUACCUUUAGUGGCUGGUUCGUUGGCACGCUCACUGGCUUGUGCAACUUGUUAUCCUAUUGAACUUGCCAAAACUCGCAUGCAGGCAUUUAAAGAGACUCAAGUUGGUAAAAAGCCACCUGGAGUAUACCAGACUUUGUUAGGUGUUGUCUCUAAUGUCAAGGGCACAAGUAAUUCACCGAACAGCUUACAAGGUUACCGUGCCCUGUGGACUGGCAUGGGUGCGCAGCUUGCUCGUGAUGUUCCAUUCUCUGCAAUUUGUUGGUCGACACUUGAGCCUACUAGAAGGAAACUUAUUAGUUUCGUUGGAGGCGAUGAUGCCGGUAUAUUGAGUGUUCUUGGCGCAAAUUUUUCAGCUGGUGUUGUUGCAGGAACUCUAGCGGCUGGAGCUACGUGUCCACUAGAUGUUGCAAAAACUCGAAGACAGAUAGAGAUGGAUCAUGUCAGAGCUUUGAAGAUGACUACGAGACAGACACUGAUCGAGAUUUGGAGAGACGGAGGCUUGAAAGGACUUUUUACUGGUUUUAGUCCGCGAGUUGGUCGAGCUGGCCCCUCUGUUGGAAUCGUGGUUUCGUUUUAUGAAGUUGUGAAGUUUGCCUUAAAUCACCGGAACGUAACAACGUGACCAGGUCAAAUAUUGUGGAUACUUUUUUAUUGCCAAAACGGAUUUUAUUGUUGGGAACCUAUGGAUACUGUGCAGCUAGUUUUCCGUGGAAAAGAAGCUAUUCCAGUCCGUUUCUGCUCAUGAACCAACGUUCAUGCAUAGGAAAAAAUAACAAAAAAUAACCAGUAUAGGACAACCUCCAAAUAUAGGUUUUUGAACCUUUUUGUGUUUUCUCUGUCUUUGAUCAGCAGAGUUCAAUUUUGUUACAAUUGGGGUUCUUCCCAAAAGCAAAUUUUAAAUAAAAUUAUAGUUAAUUGGAAAACAUCAGCAUUACACUUGACUAUGUAUACACAUAUUAAGUUAUUAACCGAAUUGGUGAUUCUAUAUAGAUUUCUUGUUAAGCUAUUA